AUGCUGACAUCUCUCAUCAACUUCUCUGACAGACAAGACAUCUCUGCUCUAAGAAACAUGAGCCAGGAGAAAGUGAAGGGAAGGUCCUUUUACUGGGAUAUGCUUGAUCACUGGUACUGGACUCGAAAUUUGGAGGACUAUGUCAAAAGAGGGAAGGGCAGAAAACCUCAGAGUGCAGCUACACUCAAGAUGACUGGUGUUAGCAGUGUAGUGUACUGCCACGAAAUGCCCCAGAAACAAGACAUGUAUAAAACUGCAAGCAGCUAUCAAGCCAGGGCUAAUUCUCAAUAUGGCUACAAUGACUCAGGAGAGUUUAUGGACUCUUGUCUUGAUACCCAUGACAGUGACUAA